UGAUGAAGCAGAGCUGUGAUUGGUUGGAUUACCGGCAAUAUAUAGAUGUUCUAGAACAUUCGCUUGUUCUCUCUGCAGCAGCGAGGUACGGCAGGCACCGCCUCACGACAACUCCAGUCUUCAUCUGUCUCUGUUCAAAUCAUUUGAAACCAUGUCUAAAGGACCAGCUGUCGGUAUUGAUCUGGGGACCACAUACUCCUGUGUUGGAGUCUUCCAGCAUGGCAAAGUUGAAAUUAUUGCCAACGACCAAGGAAACAGGACCACGCCAAGCUAUGUGGCCUUCACAGAUACCGAAAGACUGAUUGGUGAUGCAGCCAAGAACCAGGUUGCUAUGAACCCUACCAACACAAUUUUUGAUGCCAAAAGACUGAUUGGCCGAAGGUUUGAUGAUGGAGUUGUCCAGUCUGACAUGAAGCACUGGCCUUUCACUGUAAUAAACGACAGCACCCGCCCCAAAGUCCAGGUUGAUUACAAAGGCGAGGCCAAGAGCUUCUACCCUGAGGAAAUUUCAUCCAUGGUGCUUGUCAAAAUGAAGGAAAUUGCUGAGGCCUAUCUUGGAAAGACCGUCACAAAUGCUGUGAUCACAGUGCCUGCCUACUUCAACGAUUCCCAGCGUCAGGCUACUAAGGAUGCUGGAACCAUCUCUGGCCUGAAUGUUCUGCGUAUCAUCAAUGAGCCAACUGCUGCUGCAAUUGCUUACGGUCUGGACAAAAAGGUUGGUUCAGAGAGGAAUGUCCUCAUUUUUGAUCUUGGGGGUGGCACCUUCGAUGUGUCCAUCUUGACCAUUGAAGAUGGUAUCUUUGAGGUCAAAUCCACCGCUGGUGACACUCACUUGGGCGGAGAAGACUUCGACAACCGUAUGGUCAACCACUUUAUUACAGAGUUCAAGCGCAAGCACAAGAAGGACAUCAGCGACAACAAGAGGGCUGUCCGUCGUCUGCGUACUGCCUGCGAGCGCGCUAAGCGCACCCUGUCCUCCAGCACUCAGGCCAGCAUUGAGAUCGACUCCCUUUAUGAGGGUGUUGAUUUCUAUACCUCAAUCACCAGGGCUCGCUUUGAGGAGCUCAAUGCUGAUCUCUUCCGUGGUACCUUGGACCCAGUUGAGAAGUCUCUACGUGAUGCCAAAAUGGACAAGGCUCAGAUCCAUGACAUUGUCCUGGUUGGUGGUUCCACUCGUAUCCCUAAGAUCCAGAAGCUCCUCCAAGACUUCUUCAACGGCAAAGAACUGAACAAGAGCAUCAACCCCGAUGAGGCUGUGGCUUAUGGCGCAGCUGUCCAGGCUGCCAUCCUCUCUGGAGACAAAUCAGAGAAUGUCCAGGACCUGCUGCUGCUGGAUGUCACCCCUCUGUCUCUGGGUAUUGAGACAGCUGGUGGAGUCAUGACCGUUCUAAUCAAACGUAACACAACAAUCCCAACCAAGCAGACCCAGACCUUCACCACCUAUUCAGACAACCAGCCUGGUGUGCUGAUUCAGGUGUAUGAGGGUGAGCGUGCCAUGACCAAGGACAACAACCUUCUGGGCAAGUUUGAGUUGACUGGAAUCCCCCCUGCUCCUCGUGGUGUUCCCCAGAUUGAGGUCACCUUUGACAUUGAUGCCAACGGCAUCAUGAAUGUGUCUGCUGCUGACAAGAGCACUGGCAAAGAGAACAAGAUCACAAUCACCAACGACAAGGGCCGUCUCAGCAAGGAGGACAUUGAGCGCAUGGUGCAGGAGGCAGAGAAGUACAAGGCAGAAGAUGAUGUACAGCGUGACAAGGUGUCUUCCAAGAACAGCCUGGAGUCUUAUGCCUUCAACAUGAAGUCAACAGUUGAGGAUGAGAAACUGAAGGGCAAGAUCAGUGAUGAGGACAAGCAGAAGAUCCUGGACAAAUGCAACGAAGUGAUCAGCUGGCUUGACAAAAAUCAGACGGCUGAGAGAGACGAGUUUGAGCACCAACAAAAGGAGCUGGAGAAGGUCUGCAACCCAAUCAUCACCAAACUGUACCAGAGCGCCGGAGGCAUGCCUGGUGGAAUGCCUGAUGGUAUGCCUGGUGGCUUCCCAGGAGCUGGUGCUGCACCUGGUGGUGGUGGAUCUUCUGGACCAACCAUUGAGGAGGUUGAUUAAGCCAUUCCAAACCUGCUCUACCUCCACAGCAAUGUUUACUGUUCUAACCCUCUGUAGCAGAAUUCCUGUUAGACUCUCGGUUAUGGUGCUUAGUUUUUGGCUGGGAUUCUGCUGCAGAGUGACUGCAGAAAAAAGGGGAUUAAAGGGUCACUUCCACAACAGGGAACAGAUUUUUGUACUUGAAUGUUCCAUAGUUUAUUUAUCGACAAUUUCACAAGCCUUUUUGCAACUGCCUUGUUUCUUGCCUUGAGGGAAAACAUGAAUAAAUUGACCUCUUCCCA